GGAAUUCAUAUCUUUUUUCAGUUCUUUUUCUAAAUUUCUGAUUUACUUUUUGAGUUACUUAAUAAUUAUUUUAUGCUUAAAGCUCAUGUAAUAAGUAUAACAGGAGUUUACAAAAUUUCGGUUUUUAGCUUAUCACAAAUCACAUGAUUAAGAAUGCCGCAUGCGGCCUGAUAAUUAUAAUCAAUAUUCAAUAGUAUUUCUUUGUAAUUAUUGUCUUCAUUCUGUAAUAACUAAUAUCUUAACAGAUACCUAAUUCAAAUGUAGGUAAUUUUUGUUAAAUUAAAAUAUAUAUUAAGUUUUAAUUAUUACUAUGGAUGAUAUGAUUCUCGAAAGAAAAGAAAGUUAUACAAAUGGAAAUAGUUUUGAACUAAAACACGAUAAUUAUGCUGAAGAAAUUCAUAAUGAAUAUGAAGAACACAUGUCUGGGUUCAAAACAUCCAAAUUACAAGAUGAGCUAUCGACUGAACAGAAAAUCACUACAAUAUAUCCAUCAGAAUCCAUACAAUCUGAGAGUGAAACAGAUGAAAUAUAUGAUGAAUGUUACUCCUGUUUUAUGUGUAAUAUAUCUUAUGAUACUCAAUUUGAAUUAGAUGAACAUUUGCGAUCGCAUAAUGAUGAUGAAACAUUUCAUCAUAGUAAUAUUAACAGCAUUAGUGAACCUUUACCACAAGAGUCUAUACGACCAUCUAAAUACUUAAGAUGUAAUGAAUGCUUCAAAUUAUGCAAAAGUCAGUUGUCUUACAAUGAACACAUGUUAACACAUACUGGAGAAAAACCACAUCACUGUCGUGUUUGUGACCGAAAAUUUCGUCACAUAGCUAAUUUCAGAACACAUUUGAAAAGUCACAAUAAUGUAAGACAUUUAGUUUGUUCUCUUUGCUGCAAAACUAUUGUGGGAGAAAAGAAUUAUUACAUCCAUUACAUGGAUGUCCAUAACAAAAUGGCUGUUCGACAGCCUCGUCCAUAUCAGAGUAGUUCAUCUGACAGUGAUGAAGAUUUUAAUCCAAAGAUAUCCUAUUACAAAAAAAAAAAAGUUAAUGUACGUAAUGGAAAAACUCCAAAGGAUAGUGAACCAUUUGGGCCUCUUUUUGCUAAAAAAGCAUGGGAAAAAAAACAACGUCAAUUUGAACAUGAUGACUCAGACAUUGAAAAACAAAAAACUGAAAGAGAUGCAGUUCAAGAAGCUAUUGAAAAUUCAAGGAUUGAUAUUCAAAAUAUGCUUAGAAAAAGAAAGCAACAUUUAAUUGAUUAUAACACUGAAGAAUACCAAAAACUUAUAGAAAGUUUAGUAGAUGAGAAAAAUUCUACUGGUCAAAUCAAUGAAGCAAAACUAAUUGGACCUCUAUUUUGGAAAAAUGCUCUAAUUAAGGCUGGUUUAGUAGAAGAGUAUAUACUUCCUGUACAGUUUCAAAGUCAAUUAAGAGUUACUGAAUGUGUGUCUUGUAGAAAAUGUUUUGCCAGAUUGCCUAAGUGUAAUGACAGUAACAUAACACCUUCUACCCCUCCAUGCUCAAGCUGUUUUAUGAUGAAAAAUGAAACGACAUUGAAUAAGCACAAGUCUGAGCAACACAAAGAAAAUCCCCCAUUUUUUUGUAAAGAAUGUUUAUCUGAAUCUAAUACAUGGUAUGAUUACGUCCAACACAUGAAAAUGCAUUUAAAAUAUGCUGCAAGGUGUAGUGAGUGUAUUUACAACAUGAUAAACAAGCCUGAACAAGUGAUAUUUUUAUGUCACGAAUGUGAUAUGUCUUUUGACUCUGACGAACAGUUAAAAGAUCAUGUAAAUUCCCAUUUAGAACAUGGACAAUGUAAUGGAUAUAAUCUUAAUUCUGUAGCUUAAUUUUAUCUUAGUUUGUAGAUGCUAUUAGUAUACAUUCUUAAAAGAAAUAAUUUAUAAUUAAUAUAAACAAUUUUUAGUGAUUAAAAUUAAAUUAAUUUAAGUAAUACUUUACUAGUUCAUAAAAUAUUGUUAAAGUACAUUUUUAUUUUGCAUACCAAUAAUGGAUAUUUAAUUAAAAAAUAUUUUUUUAUGUAAUUUAAUUAUGUGUCCCUUUUAUGUGAGUAUAUAUAUAGCAAUUAUUAUUUAACAAUAAUGUUAUUUGUAUUCAUAAAUAAUAAUAACUAAUGAUUAAUGAAAAAUAAAAUCACCUUAGGUGUUUGGAGAUAUUGUUAUUAAAACCAACUAUUUCCAUACAAACAAAAAAAUAUAAAGAGGACCACUAAAGAGUACCUACUUGAAAAAAUUUUUAAAUAAUAAUUUUCAAUGAUAUUGUAUGUAACAAAUAUUUUUAUUUAAAUAAGUUAUAACUAAAUAUGUAAUUUUUUUGAAAAUACCUAUAUUUGUAUUUCAUGCACCAACAUAAUCCAAUAAGUUUAAAACAUAUUCUUGUAUUCAAAGCAAACAUGGGUUAGUUCUUAUGUGAUCAGUAAUAUGUAAUUAAUUAAAAAUUUUAAGCUAAUGCAAACUUCUCCUGUUUAUGCCACUGUAAGUUAUGAAAUCAUUCAGAAAUUAGAAGUUUAAAAUAUUUGAAUUUUAUAGCUAUAAACAUUAAAAAAAAGAAUGUGUCAUUUGUUUGGAUAUUAACUAAAACAGGAAAAUUAUAUUUUGCUUUUAAUUAGACAUUAGUUUGAUACCUAUGUUAGUGUUAAAGAAUUUUCAUUUACCAAUCAAUAAUGCUGUAGUAUAUACAAUUACACUUAUACAUGAUGUUAAGGAAUGACUGUUUCUUUAACAAGGAAAUAUUGUGAAAGACUUGUAAUAGGCAUGUAUAAUGUAAAAUUAAAGAUAAUUAAAAUAAUUUUCGGUACAACUGUAAGAUGAUUAAAUAUGACUUAAUUUAGUUGUAUAAAGAUUAAGGUGAUAAGGUGAUUAAUACUUUUGAAACUCUUCUAAAUUCUUUUACAAGUUAUUGUUACUGUGUAACUUAUUAUUCCCAAAACUGCCUACUGAUCAUAUUGCUCAACACUUUAAAAAACAAUUUAUGAGAUCAAUAGCAUGUCAGCUAACCACAUUUUUUAUUGUAAUUCCAUCAAUUUUUUUAUUUUAGAAAAUAUUUUAUUUCAUACAUGCUAAAAUAUAAAUUUUGCUCACAACUUUAUCCAGACCCUUGGUUUUAACCAUACAUAACAAGCAAAACAAAACUCUCAUAUUUAAGGCUUUUUUUUUGAAAUUGUAUUUUUUUCUCUAUUUGUGAGGUUCUUGUAUUAUAACAUUUGAGAUAAAAUAUUUUAAAAAAUGGUAAACAUGUUAAACAAUAUAAAUAUGUUAUCGAAAUGUAAUAACUAUUCACUAAUAUAAAUUAAAAUCUUGAGACUCUUAAUAACGAACAUAUAACCACUAGAAGAAAGUAUUAUGAUUAUGUCUUUACUAUUAUGUAAGUUUACAUUAUUAUUAGUGAGUAAAAAGGAUAUUCUAAUUAUUCACUUAAAUAUUAUUAAUGUACAAUUAUACUAAAUUAAAAUAAACUAAGUUCACUGUUCAUAUCAUGUGCAGUUGAUGUUACUUAAAAAACUUUAAACAUACUCAUGAGGGCAACCAUAUACGCUAUAAUAUAAUAAUAGUAUGCUUAAUGCUAGUAAACCUAGUAUUUAUAGUUGCUUGUAUUGUUUUUUAACAUGAGUGAUAUUUGAAGAAUACUGAUAGGCUUGUUUUAUAGUAUAAUAUAUAAUUAAUGUAAUUAAUAUAAUAAAAUUAAUAUCUUUUUGCCUUUUUGAAAA